AUGGCUGAAGAAACCCAAACCGCGAUGCCGUCGUCAAUGGGAGGAGAUCAACAUCAUCGAUUUUCUGGUUCUCCUCCUUCAGAUGCAAAGAUUAAGGAUCAAUCCCAGAUGCAGUUUUCUGGUUUCUCUUCUCUGAAUGGAGAUUUUCAGAUGCUUCCAGCUAUGUACACAACAUAUUUCCCAGGUUUUAAUCCUCUUGAACUGAACCAAGGACAAACAAAUCAUGGUCGCGGGCUUUAUGCUGUUACAACGCUUCCAUCUAUGGGGCCUAUUGCUGGGUUAUCACCUAACUAUCUAAUACCGUUCACCUACAAUUUACCUUCUGGAUCGAUUUCUCCGGAGAAUGCAGCAAUGGGCCAGGACCAUGGCCAGCAGCACCCACAGGCACAACAACAGGCACAGCCAUUGCAGCCAGGCCAGCAAAGACAGGUUAGGAGGUUUCAAGUUGCUUUCCAGCUAGACUUGUUGCUUAUUCUGAAGCUGGUGGCUGUCAUUUUCUUGUUUAACCAAGACGGGUCAAGACAAAGGCUCGUUCUUCUUGUGUUUUUAUCCUCAUUAGUUUAUCUGUAUCAAACUGGAGCUCUUGCGCCUUUAAUUCGAUGGCUUUCACAAGGAAUGCAGAGAGCUGCUGCACCACCCAGGCCACCUAGGCCAGAUGUUAGGGCUGAUAAUGUUCCUGCUGUUGAAGGAGUAGGCAAUGAGAACGUUGCUGCUGCAGGUGGUGAAAAUGAGAACCAACCUCCCAAUGGCAAUGGGGUAGUGGAGAACGAGAAUGGCCUGGAACCUGGUCUAGCAGAAGGUGGCAAUCGCUGGUGGGGAAUCGUGAAGGAGAUUCAAAUGAUUGUUUUCGGCUUCAUAACAUCGCUUCUCCCCGGGUUUCACAACAUCGAUUAA